AUUGAUAGGAUGGGCGAGAUCGGUGAUCCCUGCGGGAUGCCGUUCGCUACUGGUUGCGCUGUGGAUGUGAUGCCGUCGAGGCAAAUGGCAGUGGAGCGGUCUGAUAGAAAAGACUUCACCCACCGGAUCACUCUUGUGGGGAUUUUCUUCGCAUGCAUGAUAUCGAUUAGGCGUCCAUGGUUGACGUUAUCGAAGAAGCCCUUGAUGUCGAAG